AUGGAUGGAGAUGGAAAUCAAGAAGAGAUGAAGGUUCUCAGUCUGUUUGGCAUCUACACAGAAGCCUACAAGAUCAUCUCCUCUCGCAGGAAAAUUUUCAACCAGAUAAUCAUUUCCCUGAUCCUCCCUCUAUCUCUGCUCCUCCUAGCUGACGUGAAGGUAUCAAAUGCUCUCUUUGCAAGGAUCAUCCAAAACGAAGGGAAGUUACAAGAGACGAGACCCAAUACCCCAAGAUACGAGAAACUAUCCGAUCGUAUUUCCUCUGAAUGGACCUAUUUUUGGGUUUUCAAGGCCGCAUACUGCACUCUUCUUCUCGUUUUCUCUUCUCUAUCAACCGCUGGAGUCGUUUACACAGCAGCUUGUACGUAUAUCAGGCAAGAAGUAACUUUCAACAAGGUAACCAGUUUCAUCUCUAAGGUAUGGAAAAGACUCAUGGUCACCUUCUUCUCUAGCUAUGUUUCUCUAUUUCUUUACGUCAGGAUUACACUGCUAGUAAUUGAAAGGGCUAGGUUUUUUCCUCAUUCUUUAUGCUUUCGGGCAUUAGGCUGCGAAAUAAUGGCCAUUUCGUAUUCAACCCACCAUGUCCGAUAUCCUCUGUUGUCUAAGUGGGAUACGAAUUCGGGACUCCCAAUCUGGAAUUACCACACUCAAACAUGGACAGCGUUUUUGAGAUACUUUAAUUUGGCUGAUCUUUUGAGAUGGUUGUUUGUGAUUGGAUUAGUCUAUUUGAGCAUAAUUUGGCAAAUGGCUAUUAUCGUAUCUGUUUUAGAAGAAGCAUCUGUGAUCAAAGCCAUGAUCAGGAGCAAGGAACUGAUUAAAGGUAAAAAAGGGACCAACGCUGGUAUAUUCUUGAUGCUUUCCUUAUGUGUUAUAAUCGUAAGAGGACAAUAUGAAAAGCAGUUCGUGCAAUAUGGUUCUUUGCCAGACAUGUUGAUAUCAUUUGGCCUCACUGUUCAUACAGUGACCUACUUUGUCUGCAAGUCAUGUCGCCAUGAAAAUAUCGACCAGUUUGUACGGUUGGAUAACCUUCAAGUUCAUCCGCAUGAUACUUAG